AUGACAGACAAACCGGAGCCCGAGGCCAAAACGGCGGCCUCGCUGGUCAAGAAAGGUUCUGCAGUCGUGUAUAUGCAGAAUGACGUUGCGGUUUCCAAAGUUGAAGUGUGGGCGAUGAAUGCCCCUGCAGUCAAAAGCGAUCCUGAUCUGAUGUUCGCUCUUUGUUCCGUCGAGGCGUCAUCCACUGCCAGUAAACUCAUGUUGAAGCAAAAAGAACCACCUAGCAACGAGGUGUUUGAGGCUAAACCCGGUCAAGUGUUCAAUGCAAAUACUAACUUGGAUCCUAUGGCCUACACGGACAUUGGCACGAUCCCCCACCAGAAUAUUCCGUGCGUGUUAGAUUUCUUGCGCGUUCGUUACAUGAACAAGGUGAUGUAUACGGCGGUGGAGCCGCUGAUUGUGGCCAUUAAUCCUUUCCAAGAUUUGCGUAACGGAACACCUGAAGUCAUUGCUCAGUACCGUGACGCAGCCGAUUGCGACAAACUGCCACCGCACAUAUUUCAAAUAUCGAGACGUGCGGUGGACAACCUGCAUGGGGUUAAGAAAAGCCAAACGAUUGUCGUAUCAGGAGAAUCGGGCGCCGGAAAAACAGAAACGACAAAACAGUUAAUGAAAUACUUCGCAAGCGCAAGAUCAGGGAACUUAGACGCAAGGAUUCAACAAGCCAUCAUGGCAGCUAAUCCUGUGCUCGAGGCCUUCGGAAACGCGAAGACCGUCCGCAACAACAACAGCAGUCGGUUCGGGCGUUUCAUGCAGCUGGAUGUGGCCAAGGGAGGAGGCAUUCGCCACGGCUCCGUGCUCGCGUUUUUGUUGGAAAAGAGCAGAAUCCUGACCCAAGACCGGAACGAGCGCUCUUAUCAUAUCUUCUACCAAAUGCUCAAAGGAAGCACACCCCAAAUGAAGGAACGCUACAAGCUGCUAGACUGCAGCAAGUACCAAUUUUUGAACCCGCACUGUGUAGACGCUCCCGGAGUUGACGACCUCAGUGAAUUUGAAUCUGUAGUAAAGGCUUUCGAAUCCAUGGGCCUGAAGGAAGAACAGCGGCACACCAUUUGGUCGGUGGUGUCAGGCGUUUUACUGCUCGGCAAUGUGACAGCAGUCGGGAAGAAAGAGGCUGGAGUGGACAACGCUGCUGUUAUAACGGGUGAUAGCGCUCGCGUGCUGAAGGACGCCUGCGACCUGUUGUUCUUAGACGCUGAAAGAGUUAUGACAGAGUUAACAGUUAAAGUUACAUACGCCGGAAACAACAAAAUCGAAGGACGCUGGACAGUUGAGGACUCGGACAUGCUCCGUGGCUCUCUAGCCAAGGCAGUGUAUGAGAAAUUGUUUCUUUGGAUUAUUCAGGCGCUUAACUCGACCAUAGAGCCCGCAGGCGGAUUCCAAACAUUUAUGGGACUUUUGGAUAUAUUCGGCUUCGAAGUCUUCCAGAACAACUCUCUUGAGCAGUUAUUCAUCAACAUCACAAAUGAAAUGCUUCAAAGCACAUUUACCGAGGUGGUGUUUGCACGGGAAAGCGCCCUUUACAAAAGCGAAGGGAUUACAGCGAAAGACAUCGAGUUCACCACCAACAACGAAGUGAUCAGCGUGCUGAUAGACAAGGGAAGCUCUAUUCUCAGCAUCCUUGAAGACCAGUGCUUGGCACCCGGCGGCAGCGACGAAAAGCUCGUUAGCACCUGUUGCACGAAGCUAAAAUCCAACUCGAAGUUUGUGCCAGCCAAGCUCGACGCUCACAGCGCCUUCUUUGUAAAGCAGUCGAUUGGAACGAUCAAAUAUAAUGCACAAGGAUUUAUAUUCAAGAAUAAAGAUGUUCUAAGGCCGGAAAUGGUCGAAGUCGUGCAGGCCUCGGGGAAUCCAGUGGUGCGGGCACUCUUUGAAGGAGUGAAGGUUGAGAGAGGAAAGAUGGCAAAGGGAUCUUUGAUCGGGUCUCAGUUCUUAGCACAACUCAACAAACUCAUGACUCUGAUUGGCUCAACGGAAGCUCACUUUAUCAGGUGCGUGAAGCCCAACGAAGAGAAGAAGCCCUUGAUGUGGGUUCAGAGCAAGGUGCUCAUUCAGCUGCAUGCACUCUCCAUCAUCGAAGCGCUGCAACUGCGUCAGCUUGGAUAUUCGUAUCGGCGCCAAUUCCAGGAAUUUGUGGAACAGUUUCAAUUUAUUGAUUUAAGCGCGGCGAAGACGGCCGACAAACGCGCCGCUACGGAAGCGAUAAUUGCGGCGGCAAAACUGGAAAACGGUGCAUACGCGUUAGGAAAAACAAUGGUGUUCUUGAAGCCAGAAAGUGCUAAGUACUUGGUACACUUGCAACGCACACGCCUGUCGGCCUGGGGCCCCCUUAUCGGAGUCCUGGAGGCAAUCUACCGCGUUUGCUGUGCGCGACGCGACGAUGGCGUUGCUGUUGUAGACUUCUUGAAAGGCAAACCGCCACAGCUUUUCUUUGCUUCUUAUGAUGCGGCGUCUCUCAAGGAAGCUGCACCAUCAAGGCCUUGGUAA